GUAUCGUCGAGUCUGGUGGAGAGUCGUCUGCGACAUAACAAAUAUGGCGUAUCGCGGUGUGAAAGGUUCUGAUCCAUUCGUUUCGAAAACAUCACGAAAUGAACGUUUCGCGCAAAUGUCAAAACAAGAACAGAUUAUUCAGCAGAAGAAACUUGAGAUACAAGCGAAGAUGCAGGAGCAAAAAGCGAAAGAAGCUGUGGAAAAUUUGAGAAAGACAACUGCAUUAGCCCCGAAUUUAAUAGGAAAUAAAGCUAACUCUACCAAAAAAGAAGAAGAGAAACCAGUAGUAUCGCAAACUGUUAAUUUGUUUGCCAACGACGGUAGCUUUUUGGAUCAGUUCAAAAGAAUUGCAAGUAACAAGGGAACGGGGAAAGCAGAAUCUAUGUUUCCUUUGAAAUCUGAAGAGAAAAAAGAAGAAAGGGUCAAGGAGAGUACACAAGAUAAGGAACGAAGAAGAAAUAACGACAGAAAUAGAGAUUGGGAGAACAGAAGGGACCGCAGAAGGGAAGAUUCUCGUUGGGAGAAGGGUUCCGAUAAAAGACACAGCUCUUCUUCCAGUCCGUCUCCUACCAGACGCCCAACCUCUCAGAGUCCAGAAGCCAGACGUUCGUUUAAUCAAGUGUCUCCGAAUGGACAGCGUACGCAACACGGUCAUCAACAGUUUCUUUCUCGAAAUGGAAAUCCAUCUGCCAUUCCUUCCCUCGCAUCUCAGCCUAUGAUGCAUCAUCUCACUGGCAUACCACCGCCAAACAUAAGGAAUAUCGUAACCAACGUACCUCCUCCAAAUUUGUCAAAAAUGCCUCCUCCGAAAAGUAUGUGCAAUGCUUACCCUGGCCUGGAUGACCGAGCCACUGAUCCAAGAAUGCAAAUAUCACCACAGCAUUCGAUUCGUCCACCUCCACCUCCAACUCCUUCUUCAGUGCAAUCUCUUCCACCAAAUACCAACAUACCUCCGCCAAAUAUGCAUAUUUCUCGGACGGUGCCACCUAAUUUACAAAGUCCCAGCACGCAACAACAGCACGUACUUUCGUCUGGACGGCAGUGCGGUGUGCCACCUCCUACACCGUUACAGCCUACAAAUUUACCGCCUCCAAAUAUCCCUCCCCCGAACAUGUUACCAGCGAUGACACAAAUGCCACCGAAUAUUAUGUCCAUCCCGGCCUCGCAGACAAUCGUGGUCAGUGUGCCGAACGCGUCCAACGUACCAAACGUUCCACCGCCGAACGUGAUACCGCCCGUGAUGAUGUCCACUCCACCCCCCGUUCAGUCCAGUAUAAAUACAAUUCCACCGCCAAAUUUGAACAUCCCACCACCGAACGUACCACCUCCUUCGACCAGUUAUCCUCUUCCUAAUCAAGUCACUCAGGUACCUAUGGGACCACCUAACAUACAAGUGCCACCACCGGUGAGGCCAUUGUCCGGUCUACGAGCCUCUGAACAGCUAGAGGCUGAGCAGCUGGCACGCAUCGUCGCUGACUGUGGGGAUGAAAUCGAACAGGAAGCGCGAGAGAAGAAUGCCCAAGAUCCUAAAUUAUGGUUUCUGCACCAAAAGCAAAGUGCAGCCUAUCUACAGUACAGGGGGUUGGUGGCAAAGUUUCGGGCAGAAAAAUCCACGAAGGAAUGUAAAAACAGCGGCGCGGAACCCUACUGUCCGGAAGAAGCUUUAAGCGAUAACGAGGAUUGCGAUCAAGCAAGAGAGAGCGAGAACAAUUAUAGUACAGACCGGUUUAAAGAGGACAACAACAGAGAAGAACGUAAACGAAAAAGGCGUAGUCGCUGGGGUGAUGCGGAUAAUAAGGUGCAUAUAGCAGAAAUAAACACAUUAGCCUGUCAUAACAAACACAGCUUCUCACAGCCAGGUAUCGCGAUUCCUGGGCAAAUUGGACAACCGGCCGUUAUAAUUCGAUCAGCUAAGGUGCAGCAGCGUACGGAAACAAAGAAUCCUAUGUUGACGAAAAUUUCGCGAAACGAUCCAGCCUUGAUACAGUACGCACGACAAACUUUCGGUACGUUGGAUCUUACCGAGGAACAAUGGAAAAAAGCGGAGGAUCAUUACAAGAUAAAUCUUCUUUAUCAAAAUCUGCUGAGAAAAAGGGAAGAAGUAAGACGUUUGGAAGCACAGGGAAAACAUAAAUACGAAUACGACAGCGACGAAGAAACGGAGGGUGGUACCUGGGAGCACAAACUUCGGUCUGCCGAGAUGGAGGCUACUCAAAUGUGGGCGGAAGAGCUGACGGCGCAAGCGGAAGGAAAACAUCAUAUCGGCGAUUUCUUACCGCCGGAUGAACUUAAAAAAUUUAUGGAACAAUAUAACGCGGUCAAGCAGGGAAAAGAACCCGAUCUCAGCGAUUACAAAGAGUACAAGCUAAAAGAAGAUAAUAUAGGAUUUCAGAUGUUGCAAAAACUUGGUUGGAGCGAAGGGCAAGGUUUAGGCAGCGAAGGUAACGGUCGCAUCGAACCUAUUAAUAAAGCGACCAAUAGAUUCGACAGUGCUGGUUUAGGUUCCGAAAGACCGGAUGGUGUAUCCAGAGACGACGACGAAUUCGACGCCUAUAGAAAGAGGAUGAUGCUCGCUUAUAGAUUUAGGCCUAAUCCCUUGAAUAACCCACGGAGACCGUACUAUUGAGGAAGUGGUGAAGUGUAUCGAUAGGCCGCAUUCGUGGUAUUAUAUAUCGAAAUUUUCUAUUUAGUUGACGAAGAAGAAG